CAAUGAAAAGGAAUAGAUUCCCUUGCAAUUCCGCACUCUGCUUGGUUCGUUGCGAAAGUUGCCCCAAAGACAGGACGUGUGCCCAUGAAUAUACUUGCACUUGCACCUGGUAUGCUUACAGUAAUAUCUGCAAGCAUAUUCACAUAUUGGCUUUGUUGACUUUGAAGCCUGUUCAGUGCGAAAACAUCAGUCAGACAAAUGAAAAUGACCUCUUCAAACACGAACAUUUUAGCACGGCUAAAAGAAGUUCCGAGACCGAGGAGGCGGUUGGAAUAAUCAUUGAGGAGCCGGCCAGAAGCGGAGAGGAAGAAGCCCAAAACAUGGAAUCAUUCUUGGCGGAGUGUGAUAAGGUUGGUGGAGCAAUCCGUGCCAUCAGAAACGUUGUGAAAUCUAAUGACUACAACAUGAAGGAGAAGAUGGUUCUCAUGGAACCCUACCGACAGCCUUUUGCCGAUAUAUUGAAUAUUACUCGCAUUCCCAAUCCAACCAAUUUUCCAAGACUUGACCGGAAGAGGGUACACGUACCACAAAACCGCUCGUUUUUCCCCCGAAAGCUAGCCAAGGGCAACCCUCGGGAUUUGGACGUAUUAUAAUUGACGGCACUUUUACCAGGAGCUUCCUUCUGUAAAUGUUUAAUAUAGUUUACUUUUACAACACUAAAUAUAAUUUUGUGAUGUUGA